UCUCCGCACACACACACACACACACACCAGAACUUUGCAGCCAAUAUAGGCUAUGAUUUUUAUCAUAACCGCAUUAUGAUAAUAUAAAUAACACAUUUAAGAUGACGACCAAGACGAGACCGCCCACGUGACGAAGAACAGUUGUGUGUCACAUCACAAAACAACCGGCGUGUCUUGUUUCCACCCAGAGCGAGUCAGUGACUGUGUGCGAGGCAGAGCCAGCCAGUGACGGUGUGGAAAGGCAAAGCGAGUCAGUGACGGUCUGCAGAGCUGGGGAGACCAGGAGGGCGCGUCUCUUCUUAAGGCGCCACCGUCGGUGUGACAGCGUUCACCUUGCCUCUCUACCUGUGGAUCUCCUCUCAGCAGCUGACUGAACCAUGGGCGCUGCGUCCAGCCUGCUGGAUGAAACCACGACCACCUACAUCAAAGGCCAAGCUGAGUCUGAACUGAAGGCCUUUAGUCCGUUCUACAGGAACCAGUACUCAGUCACUCACUUCUCCCGUGUGGAAGAUGAACUGGAGCAGCAGAAGCAGAAGGCCACGCAGCUCCUCAAGCAGAGGGAGUCCCCUGAGGCCGGCGAGGUGCUGUAUGAGGAGGCCGUGCUCCACUUUGACGAGGGCAGGAAGUGGAGGGAGCGCUACAUGGUGGUGCGGGCCAACUACUGCCUGGAGUGCCACGACAGCCUGGAGUCUUUCAUCAAAGGUGCACCGGCCCGCCACAUCCUUCUGCCUACAGGGGGCACUGUUCUGACCACAGAGGAGAAGUACAUGGCCAUGGUGGACAAGUGCUUCCCUGACUCCACCAGCAAUGUGAAGGAGGAGUUUGCCCCGCCUCUGAACAGUAUGCCAGGGCAGUUCCCAGUUUACCUGCGUCUGCCCUACCGGAGGGACUACUACUUCUGCUUCAGACUGGAGGCCCGGCAGGCCGGCUUCCUGUCCAUCCUCUCAGCCUGCAUCCGCCACCAGAACCAAGACUUCCUGAAGAAGAAGACCUGUGAGGUUCAGGCCUUCCUCAAAGCCAUCCAGCUCUACCGGCAGGAGAAGGGGAAGUACGAGGCGUGGGACAUGAUGAUAGGCAGUGACGUCAGGGUGCUGGCUAACCUGGUGAUGGAGCAGCUCCUGCCGACGCUAGAGAGAGACAUGCUGCCGCGCCUCAAGGCCAAGAAGACGGAGAAGAAGAGAAUGUGGUUCGCUACGGUGGAGGCCUCGUACAUCCUGGUGCAGGAGAACCUGAUGGAGGGCAUGUCCUCGCUGAAGAAGGAGUGUGACGCCACGGGCCGCCAGCAGGAGGUGCUGAUCCACUCGGACAUGGACCAGAUCAUCAGCUCCAGAGCUCUGCUUGAGGAGAAGCUCAGAGCCAGCGUGCUGGAGCCGGCGGAGGGCUUCAGCGCGGAGGGGGUGCAGCCGUACCUGGCCUCAGUGCUGGAGGAGCUGAUGGAGCCCAUCAGCUCGGGGUUCCAGGAGGGCCGGGGGCUCAGCGAGGCCCUGAUGGACGGACUCUGUCAGGACCUGCAGACCAACGGCGUCACGGACGACCUCAAGCAGAAGAUGGCCCAGAUGUCCAGGCCCAACCUGCUCAGCUGUUACCAGAGGAUCGGCUCCCUGGAGGAGAAGCUGCCUCACCUCCAGGAGCGCUUUGGCUUCUCCAACGUCAGCAGCCUGAUCCACAGCGCGCAGAUAGACCUGCAGCAGCUAAUGGAGAACGCGGGCUACACCUUUGAGCUGAUGCUGCAGAAGGUGAUCCAGGACCAGCCGGAGCAGGCGGCCGCCGCCAUGGAGAAGGCCAAACACCGAGUGCUGAAGCAAUACGACUACGACAGCAGCACGCUCAGGAAGAAGCUGUUCCAGGACGCCCUGGUGGCCAUCACCCUGCCCCACAUCAAGAAGAACCUGGCCGCCGUCUGCAAGCCCGAGCUUCAGCGUCUGGCGCAGUCGGUGGACGUGGACCACGCCCACUUCGUCCACGUGGAGAACGUCUACGAGAGCGUCCUCCUGCAGAUGCUGGACAAGGAGGUGACCAAAGUGGUGAAGGAGGCGGCCAGCCUGAAGAAGUACAACCUGCUGAACGACAGCCGGGACCUGCUCAGCCAAUCCAGCCGCUCCAAUGUCUUCGGCUCCGCCCCCUCCACCCCGGGGAGCCCCGCCCGGGGGGGGACCCCCAUCACCACCCCCUCCAGCCCGGGGAGCCCCGCCCGGGGGGGGACCCCCAUCACCACCCCCAUCACCAGCCCGGGGAGCCCCGCCCGGGGGGGGACCCCCAUCACCAGCCCGGGGAGCCCCGCCCGGGCGGGGUCCCCCAUCACCUCCGCCCCGCCCCCUGAGCCCCGGCCCAGGACCCCCCCCGGGCCCCCUGCUCCUCUGGUCCCUGAAGGCCUCAUCACGGCCCCCCCCGACGGCCCCCGCACUGUGGAGCAGCUCCCGGGCGGGGGGGCCGCAGCAGAAGGUGUAGCGCUCCAGGAGGUCCAGGGGGUCCAGGGGGUCCAGGCCGCCCCGCCGCCCGGCCCCGAGGGGGUACGGAGCGCAGACGACCCCCCCUCGGACCGGCCUGACGACCGAACCGAAGACACGCCCCUCCUCGACGCCGACCGCGCCCCUGAAGACCCCGCCCCCAUCGCCGCCGCAGCAGACGCCCUCAUCGCCACGGUGACGCAGCAGGUCACAGCCGUAGCGACGGCCGCUCCGGAGACAACGGGCGAAUCAGACGCCGUUCCCGAGACGACCACGGAGGACAGCCCGGAGACGGAGGACGAGCCACGGCGGUCACAGGAGACGCCCUGCGACGCUGAAACCACAGAGGAAGAACCCAGCGAGCCUGCCCCUCCGCUGGAGGACCAACGGCUGGAGGCUGAGGCGGGGGCGCCCUCUAGUGGCGCGCUGAUGGAAACAGCAGGGAGAGAGGGCGGCCAGCAGGGGAGUGACUCCACCCCCUCAGAGCCUGUGGAGGGCGGAGAGGCCUCCACGCCGGAGGAGGAGCAGCAGCAGCAGCAGCAGCAGCAGCAGCAGCAGCAGCAGGAGGAGGAGGAGGAGCAGGUGGAGGAGGAGCAGGAGGAGGAGCAGGAGCAGGAGGAAGGUGAGGUCAGCAUGAGCUCAGCGGACCCCCAGGCUGAGGCUCCUGACAGCCCCCCCAUGGAGACCCCCGGGGCCCCGGUCCCAUCGGGGGCCGACGGCAGCGCCGGCCAGGAGGCUGAUCAGACUGUGGUGACGACAGACGCCUGUCCCCUGAGGGCCACGGCCCCCCAGGGGCCCGUGGGCGUGUCCGACUGCGAGCUGGGGGUCAUGGACUCCAUCAGGGAGAUCCGGGACCUGGUGUCAGAGGUGGUGGACGUGGAGGAGCUGCUCCAGCGCUAUCCCGACGGCGUUCCCCGGGAGGAGGAAUGAGAGCGUUGUUCAACGGUACAGGAGGCACACUGCGCUCAUUCUGGUAUUGCAGAUGGAUAUAAUAUCUAUGCAAAUUAUACAUCAAAUCAACCUCUUCCAUGAUGACAUAAUAAAUAUAAAUGUAUACUUUUAAAAUUA